UUCUCAGUUUCUCACCCCAUUUUCCCCCCUCGUUUCGUUUUAGCAGAACACGUUCGCUGUGGUCCGUGCUUUUCUCUUUUCUAUCAAUCAACGAACUGUUUUUCGCUAAGCUUUGUACUCUUACACAAUCAACAAAAUAGUGAAUUUGAGGGUAAGCAAAAACUUUUAGUUGAUUGAAAUAUGGAUAAAGACAACGAGCAAGCCCCGUGCAAUGGCGAACAGCACGACGAUCAGGUCGACAACAUGGACGAGGAUGCUGCGGCCAAGGAGAAGCUGACGAGCGAUCCCAACAAAGUGAAAUUCACGAGCGUGGAUUUGGAUGGUUACGAUGGCAAAAACGGAGAGGCAAAAGUGGAUAUUCAGUUAUCCCACACCACGGUCGGAAUGGGUAAAGAUGAAUUGAUGAAAUACGCCAACGAACCGUUCUGGGUGAAGCUGAGAAUGUUCUUGUUCGUGGGUUUCUGGCUUUUGUGGAUCGCGAUGCUGGUCGGGGCUGUUGUGAUCAUCAUAUUAGCCCCACGUUGUCCCCCUGCACCUCGUCUUGAUUGGUACCAGAAAACUUCAAUGUAUGAAGUUGACGUGGAAGCCUUCAAAGAUUCGGAUGAAGAUGGAAUUGGAGAUUUCAAAGGUCUGAUCUCAAAACUGGAUUACUUCAAAACUCAGAACAUUGGAACAUUGAUUUUAAGUGCUUUCUAUAAACUUUCUGAUGAUGCAGUUGUGGACCAUAGAGAUAUUGAGCCAAAACUGGGAACACUUACAGAUUUUGAAGAGCUUUUAGUUGAGAUGAACAAAAAAGAUUUGAAGGUUGUUAUUGAUUUCAAUCCAAACUACUCAAGUGCAAAACACAAGUGGUUUGAACAGAGCGAAAAUAGUGAACCAGCUUAUAAAGACUUCUAUAUCUGGGCUGAUGAAGAAUCACCACCAAAUGAUUGGAAAUCCACAGAUGGAGAAUCAGCUUGGAAAUGGAAUGACAAACGGAGCCAGUAUUAUCUUGCUACUUAUGGGGAAGGAAAACCUGAUUACAAUUUAAGAAAUGCAGUUGUCAGAGAAGAAUUAAAGGAUACUUUGCGAUUUUGGCUUGAAAAAGGUGUCAGUGGUUUUAGAGUUCUUGGAGCCCCUCAUUUGCUUGUGAAAGAAUCCGAGGAAGUUAAAAAUCAGAAUGAAGAUAAAUACACCAUCAAUCAGUUUGAGUAUUUGAAUUUGUUCAAAGAGUGGAGAGAAAUUUUGAAAAACUUCACUGUAUCAUCUGGAACUCAAAAGAUUUUGCUUGCUGAUGUUCCUGUUUCACUUGGUACCAAUACAGUGCAAGCUGGUAAUGAGACUGUAACUCUUGUAGAAUUGCCAAUCAGUACACAGCUAACGAAUCUAAAAGAAGAUACAUCUGCGAGUGACCUUGAGAAACAAAUCAAAAUGUUGCCCGAAAAUAGCUGGUCUGCAAUUUUACUUGGAAGCAAAUCCCUUAAACGCUUAGCUACUAGAGUUGGCGAUUUAUUGGACGGAAUACAUAUGGUUUCUUUCUUAGCAAAAGGAACUCCAAUAACAUAUUAUGGAGAUGAAUUAGGUCUUACAGAUUUACCAGGAGAAAAGACUCAAUCCAAAAUUACAAUGCCUUGGAAUGAUGAUGCUUCUGGUGGUUUUACGAACGGUACUAAUGCAUUGAGUUUGCAUCCAGAUUAUGCAAAGAUUAAUGUGAAAGCUCAGGAAAAUGAGAAGCAAUCCCAUUUGAAUAUUUACAAAAAGUUGCUGGCUCUGAGGGGGCAGCCGGCUCUCAGUUUUGGAAAGCAAGAAUAUCCAGUGAUUACAAACGACAUUUUCUCAAUGAUCAGGGUUCGUAAAGGAUCCCCAGGUUACAUGGUAGUGCUGAACACGGGCACCAAUACAACUGUUAUAGACUUUUCUAACAAAAAUCCUCACUUACCAGAGAUGGCUCAUGUUGAAAUUAGGAGUCAUAAUUUACUCAGUGGGCCAUUGGCAGAAGGAGAUCGACCAAAGGUUCAGCUCAGUCAGAUAACAUUAGAACCGAAGCAAUCCAUUGUUUUCACCUUUGUUCCAUUGUUUGAAGGUUAAAUGUUUCUAGCAUAGGAAUGAAACAAUCUUAGAAAAUGGCAGAACUUAAUGAUUGCAUUCUUUAACUUUUUUUAAUUAAAAAUGCUCAUGUGGAAUAUAAAGUACUUGUAAUUGAAUGCAAUAUUUAUUUUAUUUUGUUAUUUUACUUUUGAGUGCAAAAUAUUUGAACCAAUGAAAUCAAUCACAACCUGUAUGAUUGGUUUGGUUGUGCUAUAUUUUAAUUCUUUUAUCUUAGUAUCAAUAUGAAGCAUAUUCAAGAUUAAAAUAGUGAACACUUAAAAAAUUCUAAUAACUUAGGUGGUAACUAGGUAUAACUUGGUGCUGAAAUAAUCUUGAGUACUGAUAUAACUAUAGUCAAACUUGUCUGAAAAAAUUUCAUAAUUUCCUCUUAAAUGAAUUAUAUGCUUAAUGAGUGAUUUUAUUUUAACUCUGUUGAUAUAAAAGUUCAGUCAUGAUUCUACAAUUUGAUAGCAUUCUCAGUAAAAUAAAUAUUGCAUCAUUUAAGAAUUGUCUGCAUAUGAAUGCUCAAAAACUGCUUCAAUUUUGCUUACCUAUUACAUAGAGGUAGCAACACAUUUGUUUUACGAAAUAAAGCUCUAACCUAUAGUUUGCCUUGAGUACUUACUACUCUUAAAACGUAAUGUAUCAUUGCAUUAUUGUUUAUGGUUUGCAAGCAAUAUUGAAAACCAAAGUAGGUUUUGAAAUUUGGGAGGAAAGUACCCUAUUUUAAAAACUAUGAAGGGCUUGACUAAGGUUUGAACAUUAAGGUUUUAAGGCUCAAUAGAUAGUUUCUAAUCAGAUAAUAAAGCAAAAAUUAUAUUUGAGAUACAUAUGUUGAUCCAUUAUUUUGGGACCAAAUAUAAUAUAAAGCAACAAAUUUGCAUAAAAGGGAUGCUCUAGUAUUAUUUAAAUGUAUUUCAGUAAAACCUGUCUACAACGAUACUGUUGGGACCUAAAAAAAUAUUGUUAUGGACAGUUUGAUUACUCAUGCUGAUAUUUUGCUGGGACUGAGGAACAUAUCUUUAUAGACAAGUUUAUUAUUAUAGACAGUAUCGUUAUAUACAGGUUUCACUAUUGCAUUUAAUCUCUUUCAGCUUUUCCUUGAAAGUUUAAACAUCGGUAAUGAAAUUUAGCAUGAUUUUUCUACCUCAAAACAUUUCAAAAAACUUUAUUGGCUGCUGUGGUACCAAUAUUAGAAAAAAAGAAAAUAUUGCGACUUAAUCCAAAUUUGGAGAGACAUGCAUACACAUGUUUCAGGGUUACAAGGAUCCCUUUUUCAAUACAAAAGAGUUGAGUUUAUAAAUGAGAAGACAUGCAUCAAAAGAGCCAAGGCAGAACAGCAGAGAGCUUAAAAAGUAUAACUAGAAGAUUAAAUGAACACCAAUGUAAAAAAAUAAACCAGUAAAGCACCAUCGUUCAGAACUUUUUAAAAGU